ACCUCCUGGCUCCCUAUGCGGUCUGAGGCCAGCAGGGGGCGCCGUGGACCGCAAGGGGUGGUGCUGAAAGAGGAAGUGUUCCCACAAGGCUCGCCCACCGCAGGGUGCACCCAGACUCUCCAGGGCCAGUUGUGCUCAGUCGGUUCCGGGUCCGGUGACUCGCGUGACAGCAUCGCCGGGUGUGCGGACGGAGGAUCUGCCCUGCUGGCCUUGAGAGAAGUUUCUACCGUUGCUCCCAUGGCGAGCGAGAGACUACGGCAACAGGGGGCUACGACCACCGCGGCUCCGGAGACCCGCGAACACCUCUUCAAAGUGUUGGUCAUUGGCGAGCUCGGCGUGGGCAAGACCAGCAUCAUCAAGCGCUAUGUGCACCAGCUCUUCUCCCAGCACUACCGAGCCACCAUUGGAGUGGACUUCGCCCUCAAAGUCCUCAACUGGGACAGCAGGACGCUCGUGCGCCUGCAGCUGUGGGACAUAGCGGGGCAGGAGCGGUUUGGCAACAUGACCCGAGUGUACUACAAGGAAGCUCUGGGAGCAUUUGUCGUCUUUGAUCUCUCAAGAAGCUCCACAUUUGAGGCAGUCUUAAAGUGGAAAAGUGAUCUGGAUAGUAAAGUUCAUCUUCCCAAUGGCAGCCCCAUUCCUGCUGUCCUCCUAGCUAACAAAUGUGACCAGAAGAAGGACACCAGCCAAAGUCCUUCCCAGAUGGACCAAUUCUGUAAAGACCAUGGCUUCACUGGAUGGUUUGAAACCUCUGCCAAGGAUAACAUAAACAUCGACGAGGCCACGCGGUUCCUGGUGGGAAACAUGCUUGCAAACCAGCAAAGCUUUCCUAAUGAAGAAAACGACAAGGACAAAAUUAAAUUGGUCGAUGAGCCUAUCACAACCAAACCCCAGUCUCAGUGCUGCUGACGUGUGUCUGUAGUCCGCGUGCUGUCUCCUUGGU